CAAGCGUCGUCGGCAGGCCGGGUCAAUAACAAUCGGCAGGUAGGUACAGGGGGUCAGGCAGAGAAUAGUCGGGGUCACAAGCAGGGAUCAAACAGGAGAAGUCAGCAGAGGUCCGGAUCAGGCAGGGUCAGCAACAAAUCAGUCAGACAGGACAGGAACAGGAACGGGAUGCAGGUAACAAGAUACAGGGGCCCCAGGAAAACCACACACCAAGGCCCAGACUGCAUCUGGCCAUCCCUGCAUAAUCAGCUUCAGUGUUUGGCUGGCUGCAGGGUGAGUCUCUGAUUGCUGAACCCCGCUGGCCAGCCCUGUACUGCAGCCCACAAGCAGGCGAGUCCCACCAUUAUGGCAAGUCCAUUCCUGACAGU